UUUGUUUGUGAAUGGUGACGCCCGGCGUUGCUAAGGGCUGGCGGAUUAAGCUUUACCGAGUGAAUACUGUGAGUCUGGUUGAUUACGGACAGAGUGAGGGACAGAGACGGGGCUGACAGGUGUCCCAGAAGGGUCCGGAUUCAGAAUGCCGGAGGUGAAAUCCAUGUUCCGGGAAGUACUUCCUAAACAAGGACAGCUGUGCGUGGAAGAUUUACCCACGAUGGUCUUGUGCAAACCGAAGCUCCUGCCGCUGAAGUCCGUGACCCUGGCCAAGCUGGAGAAGAUGCAGCGCGACGCUCAAAAUGCCAUCCGAGAGCAGGAACUGCCCCAGAGCGACCAGCCGUUACCCCGGCCCUGAGAAAACCGACGUGAGACGCUGUUAGAACAAACUAGUUCAGAAGCUAGAACAGACCGGGCGUGCGACGCGGGCUUCAGGGUGCGUUCAGCUCCACAGACCCUCCGACCAGACAGAGGAUGGAGAAGAAACCCGCCUGUCACAAGCUACCCGGUCACCCAGUAUGUGUAAAAACGCCCCAAAACACGUAGAAAGCGUACAGCCUGCUUUUCUUUUACUGUCCGGUAGCUCAGAUACGGUCAGCGAGAGGGUUUUCCGUCUCUUCCAGCCAGUUUAGUUUCUCUGUAAAACUGUUGUGCUUGUCUUUUUUUCCCUUGUUUAACACUAAACUUAUCCUUCUGUAUUUUAUGCUAAUAAAAAUGUAAUAAAGAGCACUAGGAUCCUG